AAAAAGCAUAGAAAAAAGAGCCGGGUCACAGGAGUCCACCACGCGUCCAGGAAACAACUCACAGCUCAGGGACGGGGGCCAGAAGAGGCGGGGAGCAGUGUGUUAUUGGAAAAGCUGACAAGAGAGCAAGGCAGCGGGGAGGGGAGAGAAAAAGAGAGGUGGCUGCCUAACUUUGACUUUGGUCAGUAAAGGCCUCAUGCAGCUUCUUAACAGCAACUCAAUCCCAGUUUUAUGUGCCUGACACCUCGACCCUGAACAGGAGUCACCGGGAGCAAAGUAAAGAGAGGAUAAAGAGGGAACAAUAAGGGAAAGUCAAUAUGAUGACCCAAGAACAGUGCACUCAUAGGAACAAUGUCCAGAGUUCAGAGAAACCCCAAGUGUACAAAGUGGGAAUAUACGGCUGGAGGAAACGCUGCCUUUACUUCUUUGUCCUGCUGCUUAUGAUCUUGAUCCUGAUAAACUUGGCACUAACUAUCUGGAUCCUCAAGGUCAUGAACUUCACCAUAGACGGCAUGGGUAAACUAAGAAUAACAGAGAAGGGCCUGAAACUGGAAGGGGACUCUGAGUUCCUACAACCCCUCUAUGCCAAAGAAAUCCAGUCCAAACCAGGCCGCCCGCUGUUCCUGCAGUCAUCCAGAAACGUGUCGGUCAAUAUUGUCAACAACGACAACCAGCUGCUCACACAACUUGUAACAGGAUCGAGUGGAUUUAAAGCAAAAGGCAAGUUGUUUGAAGUCAAAUCCACCUCUGGGAAGCUCCUUUUCUCCGCCGACGAGCACGAGGUGGUGGUGGGCGCAGAGAGGCUCCGAGUGAUGGGGGCCGAAGGAGCCGUGUUCAGCAAAUCGGUGGAGACGCCACAUGUCAGGGCCGAACCCUUCAAAGAACUAAGGCUAGAGUCUCCCACCCGGUCCUUACUGAUGGAGGCUCCUAAAGGCAUCGAGAUCCUAGCUGAGGCCGGAGACAUUCAGGCCAUCUGCAGGAACGAGCUGCGACUGGAGUCCAAAGACGGAGAGAUCACGCUGGAUGCUCGGAGGAUUCGCCUGAUGCGGUUGCCUGAGGGGAAGGCCUCCACCACCUCCUCGUCCUCUGGGAACAGGCAGACUGUCUACGAGGUUUGCGUUUGCCCUAACGGGAGGCUUUUCCUGUCCCAGGCCGGCACCGGAUCCACCUGCCAGAUCAGCAACAAUGUCUGCCUCUAGGACUGAUACACACAUAUAUAAAUAAAUAAACAGAUAUCCUGAAAGACAAACGGUCAAAGACGGACAGAUGUUCACAUAUCGCCUGCCUCCAGGACUGAUAAACAGCAAACACAGACAUAAAACUCAAAGACUGCCACAGCUGAUGGAAAUAUAAACAAUAGCAGAUACUGUAACUAUACAGACACACUGAUGUAUACACUUCACAAACAAUCGCAAACAAUCAGACUGAUAUUUAGGCUCAAUCAAUAUGUUUCAACAGGCCAAUACCGAAAAUUUUGGAUUGAAGCUGUGGACAGCUGAUAUUUUGUGCCAAUAUUUCAACGCUAAAAGAUAUUUUCUCCCCUAAUUUUAUACGUUUGUGUGGAAAAGCCUUUGAGAUCAGCAUUUACAGCAUCAUGGACAAUAAAACUCUCCACUGAGUGUCAAACACAUCUCUCUAAGCUCUUUAUACAUAAAGUACAGCACGAGUUAUAUGGCUUUUAAACUGAAUUACAUGAAUAAAUGGAAAAACGUGUUUCAUUGCAGGUCUUAAAAACGUUUUAACACUGAGUUCAGAAAGAUAUUUCAAACUAGUUGUAUAGAUAGGACACUGACUGGCUGAUAUUAAUAUUAUUUAAUAAAAGGACAGUAUUGGUAAUAUAUCGGUCUGACCCUAUAAAUGACACUGCUAUUUAUUUAUAGCAUACAAACAUGAGGAUGCACACACUAGCUUAUGGACAUGCAUUCACACAGUAUACACAUUUUAACAUGGUGUACACACACACACCACUCACUGUCUUUGCUCGUAGGACCCUCCUGGUAGAAACCAAGAGGAGAAUCUCCAGAGAUUUACUAAAGGUGACACUGAUCUGUUUAUUUUCUCUCUCAAGAGCAUAUAAGUACGAGCAUUACUAGGGUGAUCACCCAUAGCAACAGCCCACUCCUCCCCUGUGUUUUUAUUAUCAAUUUUCCUAAUUUCUCUUUUUUCUUCUCCACAGCGAGGUUAAGAGAAGUAUUAAUACUUUUGCUGUUGUUCAUAACACAUUCAAAGCCCAUAGCCAUACUGGAAGCACUUAAUUAAGGCCAUUCCUUAUACAAAUUGGGUCAGGAGAUAGGAUGGUCUAAUGCAGUGGUUCUCAACCCAAGGGGUCCACCAGAUUAUGUCUGAGGGUUCCCAGAUGGUUGCGGAAAGACAAAAAAGAAAUACAUUGACAAUAAAAUAACCUAUUUUAGAUGAGGGAAGGUUUUUUUUCUUGUUUACAUAUCAUUGCCUGUAACAGUGUUAUCAUUUGCCUUAGAUAACUAAAAGGUAUGAUGUGUGUUCGUGAGUGCAGGAUUUCUGUGUCCAGGAGAAAAAAAUCACAUUAAAAAAAUCCAGAGUGCCUGGAGUAAAUUUAGCGACGCCUAGGUAAAUGCUGUUCAAGGUAAACAAACACUAAAGAGAUUAUUCUGGGGGUGGUCACGACUCAAAAAGGUUGAGAACCACUGGUAUAAUUGAGAAAAGGACUGCAUGGCUUAUGAGAUAAUGGAUACUUCAGCUCAGCCAGCACACAGGCAAAUAAGGUUUCUAGUUUACCACCCCACUUUCACUAUGGACUUUGCUUUGGGAUGAUGUCACUUGUGUUUAAAUACAUUUUUCUCGAUUGGCAAAUUUGCAGGAUGUGAACAUGGCAAGAGUGCUGCCUUGCAAACCUUAACUAUAAACCACUGGUCUGUUGUGUUUUUUUUUUCUCUAUUUUAUUUGAUGUGGUAAUUUGAUUUUUAACUGAGUAGAAAGCUGUUUAAUCACAUAGUGUUUUGCUUUGCCUGCGUAAAUUAUUUGUCCCCUUAACAAUGUCACAUCUUGCUAUAAUGCUUUCUUUUCCCACAAAACAGAACACAUGUCAUGCAUUUCCGAUGUGAGCUCAACAGCGGUGGUCACCCUACUUGGUUGUUGCACUGGGAUAUUUUUUUUUAAAAGGACAAACAAACUAAUGCGAGCCACUCUGUUGAAAGAGGGGAACUGUGCCUGUGCCUUAUGUCAAUGCACUUGUGGCAAGAAGAAGCACAUCACACAGACUUUCUUUGGCAUCAACGAGUAACACAAUCUCUGUUUUCAGUUCAGCUUCAUCCAAAUCACAAAUCUCUCCCUCUGUGUGAAUGCAAAGACCUUCAGCCAUAUCUGACUGUAGCCCCCCUGCUGUCAGCACCUGACUUUGCAAAAGGAUGAGACAUUUUUCUUUUUCUAAUUACCACCAAACCUCCCCAAUUUUGGAUAUUUUUGUUUUGUUUUUUGGAUAAAAUAUUCUGUGUGAAAACAUGUAUGUGUUUCUGUUAAUGUAAAAUGUUAUGUAAAAAGUUUCUCCAACAAGGCUAUGUGUUAAUUUCUUCGCAUCUGGUGUCCUAAGAUGUCAACAGCAUUUUCAUUCUUUGACAGUUUUGCUUAUUUAAUACUGUUGGACUGUAUUACAGCCCCAAGCUUUAUUCUAACCCAAAUAUAUUCAUCAUAAGUGUUCUAAAAAGAAUUACAUUUAAAAACUGUGGAUCUGAAUAGAUGUAAAAAAGUGGUUGUGUAGUGAUUCGGUUCAGACAAUAGGUGAAUUUGCCACAGCCAAUACGAAAAUGUUUCUAAUAAAAAGGUUUUACUGUUGGUACUGAAAGUGUAAGAACCAGAUAUGUUGCCAUAGGAAACAACCAACAACACAGAAGCAUCAUCAGUAGCGUUAUAAUUUGACAAAAACAUAGGCAUUAAUUCAUGUUUGACUUUAUAAGGCACCAGAUUCCGACUUCUUUGUGACGGAAACGCUUGACUGCGUGACAAGACGUAAAAAUCUGGGUUACAACACCCAGAAACUACAUCUUGUGUCUUGUGCAAACUCCUGAACACCCUCAUAGGAGUCAUGGCAGUCAUUUAUAUCUCAUGAUUUUUAAAGUGAACAUCCUUUUAAAGAGUCAGGUGUACCGACCCUCUCGCUGUCUCUCAGCUUCUCUGUCGAUAUAUAUUAAAGGACUCUCAGAAAUAUUUCACCACAAAGUUCAAACUGAUGUAUUGUUUUUUAAAUAUAUGUACACAAGAGAAAUACAAAUUUUUAUACGGUUAUAUUUGUAAAUAAUGUAUGUAUAACCGUGUUGGUGGGCAUCACACGAUACACGCCGACGAAAGAGAAGCAUCGACCUUUUGCAAAAGGGAAAGCCUUUUUAUAAAUACAUCAGUAUGUUUUUUUUAUAGGAAAAGGGCGAAAAAAAUAAUGUUAAAGGACUCUUGAGUUAGCAUGUACAGCAAAGCAUACAAUGUUUGCCUGUGGAGAACAACCUGGUUUUGUUUUUAUGCCUUCUCCUUCCUGUACUACCUGCUGAGCUCAGAUGUUUCACACAAACCUGCUUUGUGUUUUUUUUAGUUGUUGUUUUUAUGUUGGGCCCGAGGUCUUUGCAUUCUCUCCAAGUGCGCUGUGUGUGUACAUUUGUGCUACUAUGGGUGAGCUUUUGUUUUGCUUUUUCUGCUCCACAGAACGUGUUGAAUGAUUCUCAGAGAAACCAAAAGUAAAGAGAAACAAUGAAGGAAAUACUUGAGCUGCAACAAUGGGAUUGAUACAGAAAUGGCCAACGGAAAUCCACUUAAUGCAAAAUAGGAUCAACAAAUUCAUGUUCGGAUCAAAACCAAUAUUUUUAAUCAGACCACAAACUAUUGAGAAAACAGAAGUAUACUUUAACUAUUGGAUUGCAUAAUGCAUAAAUGUUGUAAUCGAAGUAACCUAGAGUUGAUCCAAUGAUGACACUGAUGAGGCAUGACCCAGUGGAUUAUAUGGGUGAUUAAUUAUUAAUAUUGCCCGGAUUACAGUAUGUGAUGCAGCCCUGUGUGUUCAUGCUGAGUGCGCUGUACUUCUUUCCUAACAUCCAUCCUGAAUAUUUACAUUUUUCUGCAUUCAUCAGUCUGAAACUGCCAUUCAUGGAGUAGUUUUCAAAGAUGCCAAAAUAAAAGGCGUUGUUCAAAUUGACUGCAGUAGUCAUUGGAUCCAAAUAACAACUAAAAAAUAUGAUGUUGACAUUAACACUGAUGGGACUUUACCACAGAAGGUGGCGAAUGUUCCGUUAAUAUUGUAUUUUGUUUUGACUCAGAAAAAAACGAAAAAAAAUUG